CAAAAUAUCUACUAUUGCUCCUAAUACAGUUGCUCAAUACCAAGCUUUAAAAUUAAUUCAAGAAGCAAAAUCUAAAAUAAGUAAAUAUGAAUGUUUAUUAGAUCAUACUAGUGAUAAGAAUCGUUGA